AUGAUUCGCAAUUACGCUCGCUUCUUAAGCAAGUUUUUGGCAAUCCCGACCGUAGUUGGUAAAAAGACACCCCGGGAAAAGUUUGCCGGAGCCGUUACCACUUAUUCGUUAGAGGCGAUGAUGAAAGACGGCAAAGCUCUUCAAAGCGCAACUUCGCACUACUUAGGCCAGAAUUUUGCCAAAACUUACGCGGUCAAGUUUAAAAAUCAAAGUCAGGAACUAGUUCAUCCCUACCAAACUUCCUGGGGGAUGUCAACCCGUUUAAUCGGCGCUAUUAUUAUGGCGCACGGAGACAACCGGGGAGUAAUCAUGCCGCCCCGGGUGGCGACUUACCAAAUCGAUUUAAUCACGUUAUUUGGCGACCAAAACCCCCAAGUUUUACUAACUGCGCGCCAGCUGUUUCAAAAACUAUCGCGGCGUUGACGAGUUAGGUUAGACACCAGUUCCAAAAGCCCCGGUUUUAAAGCGGCCGAGUCGGAAAUUCAGGGCGUUCCGCUCAGAAUUGAAAUUGGACCGCGCGAAAUUCAAAACGCCCAAGUUGUGCUGGUUCGGCGCGACACUUUGGUUAAGACAAAUUGCGACUUAGAAACGUUACCCAAAGCGGUUGAAAAGGCUCUCGCCGCACUUCAGCAAAAUCUUUUUGACCAAGCCCAGCAAAGACUUCGCCAAAACACCGUGAAAGUCAAUAGUUACGCCGAUCUUAAAGAAGCGAUUAAAAACCACCGCUUUGUUCUCGCUCCUUUCGCUGGGAAAGAACAGCACGAAGAGCAGAUCCAAGCCCAAACUGGCGCCACAGCGCGGUGUCUUCCCUUUGAUUACAAACUGACCGAGAGUAAAAAAUGCAUCCUAACCGGAGUGCUCACACGUCGCUUAGUUUUGUUUGCCAGGGCUUAUUAG